GAUAACUUCUUUCUCUCCUUUCUCAUCAGGAGCUUUGCUCAGUGCUUCCUGUUUCUCCUGUGCUCAGCCAGGGCAGAAGUUGCUUUUYCUGCUCCUCCAGCCCCUCAGCAAGAGUGGAUGUACAUCUGAUUCACCAUGGGCAAGAUGGACAACACCUCCGUGGAGCUGAACUCUCCCUCCGAGGUGAAGCAGGCAGCCCUGGAGGAGCUGGACCCCAUCAACCCUGAGACUGUGAGCACCAAGAAGAAGAAGAAGAAGGARAUCCCAGACAGAGGUUCCUGGAAGGGGAAAUUUGACUUCCUCCUGUCCUGUGUGGGCUAUGCYAUUGGUCUGGGCAAUGUCUGGCGCUUCCCUUAUCUCUGCGGCAAGAAUGGAGGAGGGGCUUUCCUCAUCCCCUAUUUCCUGACACUGGUGUUUGCUGGGAUUCCACUCUUCCUGCUGGAAACUGCUCUGGGCCAGUAUACCUCUGUUGGUGGACUGGGAGUCUGGAGAUUAGCACCCAUGUUCAAAGGAGUGGGACUGGCAGCUAUGGUUCUCUCUUUCUGGCUGAACAUCUACUACAUUGUCAUCAUUGCCUGGGCUCUCUACUAUCUCUUCAACUCUUUCACUGCCGACCUGCCGUGGCAGAACUGUGGGAACCCCUGGAACACCGACCGCUGCUUCUCCAACUACUCCCUGAACGACACCACCAACCUCACCAGCGCUGUCACCGAGUUCUGGGAGAGGAACAUGCACCAGAUGUCCGGGGGCCUGGGGGAGCCUGGCACCAUCCGCUGGCCCCUGGCUGGCACACUGGCCCUGGCCUGGCUGCUGGUAUACUUCUCCAUCUGGAAGGGUGUGGAGUGGACUGGCAAGGUGGUGUACUUCUCAGCCACUUACCCCUACUUCAUGCUUUUCAUCCUCUUAUUCCGGGGAGUCACGCUGCCAGGAGCCAAGGAGGGGAUCCUCUUCUACCUCACGCCUGACUUCAGGAAGCUCUCUGACUCUGAGGUCUGGAUGGAUGCAGCCACUCARAUCUUCUUCUCCUAUGGCCUGGGGCUGGGCUCCCUCAUCGCUCUGGGGAGUUACAACACUUUCCACAAUAACGUCUACAGAGACUCCAUUAUUGUCUGCUGUAUAAACUCCACCACAAGCAUAUUUGCRGGAUUUGUUAUUUUCUCCAUCAUUGGCUUCAUGUCACACAUCACAAAGAAAUCAGUGUCAGAGCUGGCCUCCUCAGGCCCUGGACUGGCUUUCCUUGCCUACCCACAGGUUGUCACACAGUUACCCUUGUCYCCACUCUGGUCAAUCCUCUUCUUCUCCAUGCUGAUGAUGCUGGGUCUGGACAGUCAGUUCUGCACUGUGGAAGGGUUCAUUACAGCCCUGAUGGAUGAGUAUCCUCGAAUCCUAAGAGCCAGGAAGAAGAUCUUCAUCGCAGUAGUCUGUUUCAUCUCUUAUCUCAUUGGAUUCUCCAACAUCACCCAGGGCGGCAUUUAUGUCUUCAAGCUGUUUGAUUACUACUCAGCCAGUGGCAUGUGUCUUCUCUUUCUUGUCUUCUUUGARACCAUCUCAAUUUCUUGGUGUUAUGGUGUGAACAGAUUUUACAGAAACAUUGAAGAGAUGAUUGGCUACAAACCUUGCAUCUGGUGGAAGAUCUGCUGGGCCUUCUUCACACCUCUUGUCUGCCUGGGUGUGUUCUUCUUCAGUGUGGUGGAAAUGACUCCUCUGAAGCUGGGAAAGUAUGUCUAUCCUGCGUGGGGACAAGGCAUAGGUUGGCUCAUGGCCCUGUCCUCCAUGGUUCUGAUUCCAGGGUACAUGCUCUACUGUUUCUUCACCUCAACAGGGACUCUCCGGCAGCGUUUGCAGCAGAUGACACAGCCCAGGCCAGAGGUGCACGCUCAGAACAACGGCCUCCAGCCAAAGACAUCUUUGAAUGGGAGGAUCUCAGAUGCUGCCGUGUAGGAGGAAAGCCUGAACUCCUCGUCCUGCCCCGUAGCUGCUCACUCCACACUCUUCCUCAAACUCCUCUGGCACAGCUUGCUGACCCUGGCUCUGUGGUUUCUUUUGCUUGUCCAAGAGAGGACCUGGUGGAGUAUCCUGUUCAUGGCUCUUCCUCGUCCCAUGGCUGACCAAGGCCCUGAACAAGCUGCCACCAGGGCAUUGUGUGGUGACCAUCUUCAUCCUGCAACAUCCUGGUCCAGACUCUCAGAGAGGAGCAGCUGGYACCCACGUCUUCCUCCUAGAGAACUUUGAUUGCUGUCCACUUCUCUGUUUUUCUUGCUUUUCCAUGAGGAACUCCGCAGAGUACCCCCAGCACACAGCUGUGUUUCACCCCAGAGAGAUCGGAUGGCUGUCAAUUGAUGGAGCAUAAAAACACUAGCAAAUACAUAACGGGAGGGGAUGUGCAGAACAAAGGAUUCUAGUGCARAGCAAGGGAUUCUAGUGAGGAGUCUUACAUGCUAGUAACUGUAGGACAUCACCCCAAACCUGAAGAAGGGCUUAAGAAGAGUUUGUGCUGCUCACAGGUGCCAUGUUUUGGCCCUGCAGUCUCCAGAUGUGUCCGCUGCAUCCAUUGGGGCUGGUGUGAGCCAGAGCCUGGCAGAGCAGGCAGCAUUUCUCUUCUGGAGCAUCCUGGCCUCUACAGCUGUGCAGUAGCCACUCUCUGGCCCUAAAAAGCAGCUAAAAGAGUAAAGGAGGGCUCUUUGCUAYAGGCUGCUCAGAUCCCCUGCACUGACCACAGCCAGCUUUGUGCAGAGGCGAGGCUGUGAUAAAGAGAUUUUCCAGCACUGCAAAUCUUCUGCCAAGCUGAAACAGGGUAGUUCCUGCCAAGUACCCUCCCUGGCUGGGAAACAAUAAGGUGGAGCAUAAUGCCCAUGGAUGGUUCAGUUUAUACCUUUUUCAGGAAGUGGCCACACCUAAAUCCCAGCUGGUGGAAUACAAGAACUCCUGAGACAGUUAGCAGGAUGUAGCCACCAUGCUUAAACCCACCCCUGMAAACCAGUGCUGACUUCCCUUGGGAAGUGUCUGUUCAGCCAGCUGCUGUCACUGGCACAUCCCAACUCCCAGCACACAAAGCACAGAGGGUCAUGAGCUCUUGUAGAUGGUGCUGGAGAAAUGUAACACCUCGGAGAAGGCUGGGGAGUGUUUCAGAGCAGUCCUAAAGCAGCAGCAUAUUUCUCAGUUAUAAAGCUUUGUGGAAGGAGGUGGCUCAUCACAGCACCAUGUGUAGGUGUUACAGUGGCACUCCCAGUUGUGCCAGCCUCUCAGUGACCCCACGCAGAGAUGCCCUUGUACACAGAGUGUUUGAUGAGCACACAUGCUGUGACUUAGAUUAGUCUCUCCCCUUCCUGGCACAGCAUCGCCAAGUCUGCUCACACUCCCAGCUUCAGAUCAGAACCAACAAACUCAAAAAUGAGCAUCCAAAAAAAGUACAUCCCACCCAUCUUUCCUGCCAAAGAGUCUGGUCUCAGAAGUGACACACUGCAGUCCCCCAGGGGUGCUACUGCAGGUGCCAGCUGAGUGCUGAGCCUUUGCACAAUUCUCUUACAUUCCGGUAGUACCUUCAAAAUGCUUCAAGCUGGCCCUGUGCUGCCUGUUCGUGGGACUCACCAGAAUACAGGACCAACCUGCUCUUCUGCCAAUCUUCCAGCCUGUGGAUCAGCAGCAGAAGGAAGAAAGAAGUUUUCUGGUGAAAGCUAAAGUCAGACACCUUUGGAAUGGGUCCCCUGCCAACUCAUUGGUUCAUCUUUAUUGAUGUUUUUUCAGAUGUGUAACCAAUUUGUAUUUGUACACAUGAUUCUCAGCAGUUAUGGCUGCUGGGAAUUAAGUGCAUGUUUUGUGGUCUCCAACACCCCGAGAUCRUGCCCUAUCCCACAUAUAAUUGUUACAAUGUUUGUGUCAAAAAAUAAUGCGGCUGUUAAAUAGAUAUGAGGACACGCUGAAUUUACAGGCUUGGUCUUGUAAAGCCAAAAGCCAAACACUGAAAGCUGCAGUCAUAGCUCAUCACCAUUAAUCUCAGGCAGUUACAGACAUGUCAUCUUUCCUUUUCCCUUAAUUGUCUGUGCCAGUGUAGCUGAAAACUUCUAUUCCAAUUUUACCUAUUUUUAUGAACCGGGGCAAUAAAGGAAACCACUCUUCACAAACAUGUUGUGUCCUUAGAGAAGGACUUCUCUGCUCAAAAAAGAUGUUAAAGUUCUAAACUUUGCAGUAAUGAUCCUUACGAGAAACUCGCUUUUCCUGUGCAUCCAGGUC